UUAGCUAUUACGUUAAUGUGGAGACAUAGGUUAAAGAGUCAUGUGUUUUGGUUGGAGUUCAGUUCUCCUGCUUCACUCACUGUAUGUCUGAGCUCUCGGGGAAAACAAUGCGUGUUUACUUCGCAGCUGUUCUUCUGCUGGCCAUCACAGCUUCAGAGGGCAAAGCAGUCCCCUCUCUACCAAACUUUGGGAACAGCUAUCAUGUUAAAGGAGUGAUUUCUCUCCCUUAUGCUGAGAUCAAGGAGCCGUUCGAGGCCUGGUUAGACCUGGCAGCAAAGUCCAGCCGCAUCGACUACUACCAUGGCCAGGUUUCCACGUACCAACUGGGGGCCGAGAAGCCGUGGGGAGUUUCAAAUAAAAUCUCUCCUGAGACUACAGAGGUAGAGCUGAAUGUGAUGAAGUGUUUCCAGGUCAAUGGAACAAAGGAUGGAGCAGUCACACCACAGGCAUCACUGCCUGACGUGCAGGGCUUCCAGUUCCUGAGGAUGGAGUACUAUGGAGGCUCCUUGUGUGAAGUCUGGCAGAAUGUGACCACUGUAGGUCAGAAAAAGAACACAUACACACUUUGGGUGACUCAUUCAGAAAAAGGUCAAGACGGUAAGGAGGAUCCUGCCACACCGCUCCAUUAUGAGAUGAUGGGAUACAACACGCUGCUGGGCUCCCAUUAUGACAAAUAUUUGGUGGACUACAAAGAGUUCAGCACUCAUGUGGACCCCAAAGUGUUUUUGCUACCUGAAGGGAUGAGCUGCGGGGGAUUUCCUGGUCCAGGAGUGGAGCACCACAUGUUGGUCAAUCCCAUGAAAGAUCUAAUCCACACAUCAGCAUCAGGCCAUUCACAGCACAUGUUCGACCAUUUCAAGGAGAAGUUUCAGCGUCAGUACAGUGAUGAAAGAGAGCAUGAGAAGAGGGAGCAUGCUUUUGUUCAUAAUCUCAGGUACGUGCACUCCAAAAACAGAGCAGGGCUUCCCUUCUCUCUGGCUCUGAACUCUCUGUCAGAUCGCACAAUGUCAGAGCUGGCCACCAUGAGGGGGAGGAAACAUGGAAAGACUCCAAAUAGAGGGCUCCCGUUCCCUGCCAUGAUUUACGAAGGUGUAAAAGUACCUGACUCUCUUGACUGGAGGCUUUAUGGUGCUGUGACCCCAGUAAAGGAUCAGGCCAUUUGUGGCUCCUGCUGGAGUUUUGCCACCACUGGAGCAGUAGAGGGCGCUCUCUUCAUAAAGACGGGCUCCCUGCAGGUUCUGUCCCAGCAGAUGCUUGUGGACUGCUCCUGGGGUUUUGGCAAUAACGGCUGUGAUGGAGGGGAGGAGUGGAGAGCAUACGAGUGGAUUAUGAAACAUGGAGGCAUUGCUACAAUGGAAUCUUACGGAUCCUAUAUGGGAAUGAAUGGAUUUUGCCAUUUGAACACAUCUCAGCUUACUGCACAUAUCCAGAGCUACACCAAUGUCACAUCGGGAGACGCAGAGGCCCUUAAGCUGGCACUCUUUAAAAAUGGGCCAGUGGCAGUCAGUAUUGAUGCUUCACAUCGAUCAUUUGUUUUCUACAGUCAUGGUGUCUACUAUGAACCUGCUUGUGGUAAUAAAACUGAUGACUUGGACCAUGCUGUGCUUGCAGUGGGAUAUGGCACCCUGGAUGGGGAGCCGUACUGGUUGAUAAAGAACUCAUGGUCUACCUACUGGGGCAAUGAUGGCUACAUCCUAAUGUCUAUGAAAGAUAACAACUGUGGCGUCUCUACUGAUGCCACAUAUGUUACACUGGCAUAGAUUCUCCCAUUUUCUACAGUUCACUUAGCAGACGCUUCUAUCCAAAGCAACGUACAUCAGAGAUUAAGAACGACACAAGCAAGGAUCUAGAAAAAAGGAACAAUGUCAGUAAGCGCAAGCUUUGAGUCCGAUUGGACACACAGGUACUGAGGCAAAGCUCAACAUUCACGGCAGUUCUUGAGAGCUCUAAUCAGGAUAAAAACCAUCUUACCAUUUUCUCUUUGUAUGUGUUAAUGCCACUAUGUGAGUGCCUAAGGAUGAGUACCACUUGAUUUGGAUGUGUUGAGUGUAUAGUGAUGAAGAUAUUGUAGCUGUAAGUAUGUACCGGUAAGUUGUUGACGAGGGUGAAUGCUGUACAAUUCAAACACACAACAAAUCUGCUUAUUCAGACAUGAUUUUGAUGUAUUUAUUGCAAGUGGCACAGUGCCUUCAUUUCAGCUGUAAAGUAAAGCCUGACACAUUUCCACUUGUCCUUGUUCUUUCACAUUUGUUAAGAUUAAAUGCACUGGGCUGGAAUCAUUGCAAUAAAAAAUGACUUGUUUACCACUA